AUGGAGGUGGCUCUCGGCUCAGCGGCCUCGCUCCUUGGCAAGGUGUUGACGACGCUGUCCGACAGCCUGGUGGCGGCGUACGUGGACAGCCUUCAGCUCGGCCACAACUCCGACCAGAUCAAGGACAAGCUGCUGCACGCGCAAGGCCUCCUGCACAACGCCCAGGCCCAGGGGAGCCACAACCCUGGCCUGCAGGGGUUGCUGGAGAAGCUGAGCAGGGACGCCGACCAGGCCGAGGACCUGCUGGAUGAGGUCCACUACUUCCAGAUCCAUGACGAGCUCCACGGCACCCACCACGCCACCACCCAUGAUCUCGACGGCCUUGUCCGCCAUCAAGCUCUCCACGCUGGUAGUGCUCUUCGUCACUUAUUCCGGUGCUUUUCUUGCUCGUGUACACCCAAGAGCAAGAGGAAUGGUGGUGAUGAUGCUGCUGCUGCCGUUGCCGGUGUUGGUGGUGGUGGUGCUGCUGUUACCGGCGUCACCAACUCAAACUCUGCUAGUGCUGAUGAUGGUAAUACGCUGCAUUUCGAUAGAGUGUCCAUCUCCAGCAAAAUCAAGUCCCUGUUACAGGGCAUGGAGUCCCACUGUGAUUCGGUCUACAAAUUGCUCGGUAGUAUCCCAGGCAGCAGCACGGUAGUGGCAGUCGUCCAAGAUCGGCCUCAGACUGCUUCCAUGAUUAUACAAGAUACAUUGUAUGGCAGGACAGACAUUUUUGAGGAAACUGUCAACCGUAUCACCGUUGGGGCCACACACACUGUUUCCGUUCUUCCUAUAGUUGGUCCAGGGGGUAUUGGCAAGACUACUUUCGCCCAACAUCUGUAUAAUGAUGCAAGGACUGAAGAGCACUUCCAAGUCAGGGUUUGGGUAUGUGUUUCGACUGAAUUCAAUGUGGUUAAGCUCACCAGGGAGAUCCUUGGCUGCAUACCAGCAACUCAACAAGAAGGAAGCAGCCGUGUUGCAAAUGAAACAACCAAUUUAGAUCAGCUUCAGAGAUCCAUUGCGGGUCGUCUCAAGUCCAAGAGGUUUCUAAUUGUCUUGGACGAUAUAUGGAAAUGUGACAGUGUGGAUCAGUGGAAAACCUUGUUAGCUCCGUUCACAAAGGGGGAAGUUGGCGGAAGCAUACUACUUGUCACAACUCGAUUCCCAAAUCUAGCACAAAUGGUGGGAACAGUUGAUUCACUAGAACUGGCAGGUUUAGAGCCUAAUGACUUCUUCACAUUCUUUGAAGCAUGUAUAUUUGGUGAAGACAAGAAGCCUGAGCAUUACGAAGAUGAGUUUGCUGGUAUUGCACGAAAAAUUGCAAACAAGCUAAAGGGUUCCCCGUUGGCGGCCAAAACAGUUGGUAGACUAUUGCACAGGGACCUUUCUCAGGAACAUUGGAAUGGAGUUCUUGAAAAGCAUCAGUGGCUAAAGCAGCAAAAGGAUGAUGAUAUCAUGCCAUCUUUGAAGAUUAGCUAUGACUGCAUCCCUUUUGAUCUGAAGAAAUGCUUUUCCUAUUGUGGUCUUUUCCCUGAAGAUCAUAGGUUUACUUCUUCAGAAAUCAAUCAUUUCUGGGUUGCAAUAGGCAUCAUAGACUCUGAUCACCAAGCCAAUAGGAAUUACCUGGAAGAACUAGUGGACAAUGGUUUUCUCAUGAAGAAGGAAUUCGAUUGGCAUGGUCAAUACUAUGUAAUGCAUGAUUUAAUGCAUGAGCUAUCUAAGAUUGUUUCUGCACAAGAAUGCCUCAAUAUAAGUGGCUUAAAUUUCAGAGCUGAUGCCAUCCCACAAUCUGUUCGGCACUUACCUAUCAACAUAGAAGGCACAUAUGAUGCAAAUUUUGAGCAAGAAAUGUGUAAGCUAAGGGAGAGGAUAGACAUUGCUAAUCUGCGGACUUUGAUGAUUUUCAGACUAUAUGAAGAAGAAAGAAUCGCCAAGCUUUUGAAAGAUAGCUUCAAGGAAAUAAAUAGUCUGCGUGUCCUAUUUAUAGUGGUGAAGUCUGCACAAUAUUUUCCAUACAGGUUUUCAAAACUUAUCCACCUCCAGUACCUCAAAAUUAGUACAUCUCACCCUCAUUGGGAAAUAAGGCUACCUAGCACACUAUCAAGAUUUUAUCACUUGAAAUUCUUGGACCUAAAUGAUUGGCUUGGUAGUUCUGAUUUGCCUGAAGACUUCAGCCACCUUGAGAAUUUACAUGAUUUACGUGCUGAAAGUGGACUCCACUCCAAUAUUCGCAAUGUUGGAAAGAUGAAGCAUCUGCAGGAGCUAAAAGAAUUCCAUGUCAAGAAGGAGAGCAUGGGAUUUGAACUGAGAGAACUUGGGGCAUUGACAGAGCUUGAAGGAUCACUGAUUAUAUGUGGUCUUGAACACGUGGCAACCAAGGAGGAAGCCUCCGCAGCCAAACUAUUGUUGAAAAGGAAUCUGAAGGAGUUGGAAUUAUUCUGGUCGGGCAGAGAUGGACCAACUACAGAUGGUGGUAUUCUUGAUGCUCUUAAACCACACUCGAAUGUUAGAGUACUUACAAUUGUAAAUCAUGGUGGUAACAUUGGUCCUAGUUGGUUGUGUCUUGACAUCUGGUUAACAAGUUUAGAGACUCUCACUCUAGAGGGCGUAUUUUGGAACACCCUCCCACCUUUUGGCAAGCUACCAAAUCUCAAGCGACUUAAAUUAAAGAAAAUUUCUGGAAUGCAUCAGUUUGGGCUUGGAUGUGGUGGCGCUCCAGGGAAAUGUUCUAUGCGCUUGAAGACAGUUGGGCUUUAUGAGAUGCCAGAACUUGUUAAAUGGGUUGUGGAACCUAAUUGUUGUCCCUUUCCAAGUCUUGAAGAAAUCAGAUGCAUCGAUUGUCCCAAUCUCCGUGUGAUGCCCUUCUCGGAGGUAUCGUGCACCAAUUUGCGCAAACUUGAAGUUUCUGGGUGCCCCAAGAUGUCUCUGCCCUCCAUGCCUCACGCCUCCACACUGACAGAUUUGGUGGUUAACACAGGUGGAAGAGGUGAGUCAAAAACGUUGUUGUCUUAUGAUGGAAAGAAAUUGGUUGUUAGAGGGUAUGGCGGUGCUUUGGCCUCCCACAAUCUGGAUAAAGUAGAAGAUAUGACUGUCGAAAGAUGCGAUGGUUUGUUCCCUGAAGAGUUGGAUGGUAGUUUUGUCUUCUGUUCAGUUAAGAGUCUCCAAUUAAAUGUAUCUCAUUUUACCAGCAAAUCAUCAUCGUCAAAAGUGUUAAACUGUUUCCCAGCUCUUUCUAUGUUGAAGAUAGAUGGCUCCGAGGAAUGUGUAAUGCAGUUCCCAUCUUCCAGCUCACUGCAGGAACUUACCUUCAGGGGCUGUAUGGGCCUGGUUCUUGUACCUGUAGAGAAGGAGAAUGGAGGAGGAAUUCAGCAGGACAACUCAUUGCUCCAAUCAUUAACAAUAUCCGGAUGUGGCCAAUUGUUCUGUCGAUGGCCCAUGGGCAUGGGAGAAUUAGACACAAUUUGCCCUUUCCCUGCUUCCCUGAGGGAACUUGAUGUUUGGUACUCUGCCCCAAGCAUGAAGUCAAUGGCUCUGCUCUCAAACCUCACGUCCCUCACCACUCUAAGGCUAAUAAGAUGCAGUAAUUUAACAGUGGACGGAUUCAAUCCUCUCAUCGCAGUCAACCUCAGAGAACUGGAAGUGCAUUGCGAGAACACCUUAGCAGCAGAUAUGCUCUCAGAGGUGGCAAGGGCCAAAUUAUUGCCUGCAGGUUACAUCUCUAGAUUGGAGAAACUCAAUGUAGAUAACAUCUCUGGAUUGCUUGUUGCUCCUGUUUGCAACCUCCUCGCCCCGGCCCUCCACACACUUGAAUUCAAGUAUGAUAGGACCAUGGAAAGUUUCACGGAAGAGCAAGAGAAAGCGCUGCAGCUCCUCACCUCCCUCAAGGUGCUAAGUUUUUCCUAUUGCAGGGUUCUGCAGUCCCUUCCUAAAGGGUUACAUCUCCUUUCUUCUCUCAAGGUGCUAGUUGUCCGGGGGUGUGAAAAUAUCCGAUCGAUGCCCAAGGAGGGCAUCCCGGUUUCGCUGAGAAAACUAGAGAUGGAUCGUCGCAGUCGCAACGCUGAGAUAGGCGAGCAAAUUGAGAAAAUCAAAAGAACCAACCCAUAUUUAUCCGUCUCGGAUUACUACACCCAAGACUAG